CGGUUGUAGAGUUGUAGAGAAGUUGUAGAGAAAUCGUGAGGAUCCCCGUCGAGUCUAGAUGCUUGUAAUUUCAGCAAAUAAUUGCGUGUUUUAGUCCCGGUUUUAUUUAUUUCUCCUCAGCCAAUUGGCUGUGUGUUUUGCCACCCAGGAGAGCGUGUACCAGGGCGUGUCCCUACAUGCUCACGUGGGAAUGUGACGUCGAUGCAUACCCUCUCUACUAACGCCCUGCAUACUGCGUACUACAUUUAGAAACAGAGCAAGUGUGCAGAAUGGAUAUUAGUGUGCAGAAUAGAUAUUGGUGUCUCGAAAUGGGCGGGACAUAACGGCCCGUAAGGUAUGGAACAAACAUCUUUUUAGUAUGCUUGUUUGUUUGUUUGCAGAAGCUUCCAGAACACAGACAAAAAGGUCCAAGAAUGAUUGUAAUAAUAAUCUAUAUGAAAAUACACAACAGUCAAUGAAAUAUUUAGGCAAUACAGAAGAUGAGAUAAGUACAUUACACACAAAUGUGACAUGUUACAAGGUGCAAAAGUUGUGUUAUAGCCAUAGAGAAAAAGCAAUAUAGAAACAAGUUAACAUUAAAUGAUAGAAAAUCUUCAAAUAUAUAAAACAAUAAGAUGUGCAACAUUGCGUAAUUGUCAAUGUCUCCGAAUUCACAGAUGGGUCAAUUGAUGUACAAUCAUGAUAUCAGAAAGUCCCAAUGAAGGUUUUUGUUGAGCCACUAAACGACACCUGAAUGUAAACAAACAUUCUGUCUAAUAUAAAACAGCAACAGUUUUGGCCACUGCGCACGCGGCACGACUUUAGGAGCAGUGCGGUAGCGCGUCAUUUAGGACACGCCCCGUGCGUUACCGGCGGGGCGGGUGAGAGUGAGCGAGUGUCGGUGCGCUGGUGCACGCUGAUGUGCGACUCUAUUAGUUACAAACACACUCCGUACUGUCCGUUCCUUCUUCCCCUAAAACACGAAUGCAGGGCAGUGGCGUGUAUCAGCCCCCUUCAGACGCACACACUGGACUCCCCACACAGACCCGUUUAGAGUCCUCGGAUGAUAGAGAUGAAGAGGAUGAUGAUGAUGAUGAUGCGGUGCGCGCGCGGACUGCAGUAACAGCAGCAGGGACAGACCGCAUUCCAGUAUCCAUCUCUCCACCUGAGACUCCGGUGCGAUGGCUUGUCCUCUCAGACUGAAGUGUCUGCUCUAGCAAGAGAGGUUUUCUGAAGAACAGCGGUUUGAGGAACCAAAAAUAAACUUGCACUGGAGUCUACAAACUGAGGAUCUUUGUUCUAUUUAUAACACUUUGUUCUCUUUUUUCUUUAUCUCCGAUUUAAUCUUUUUCUGUGUCACUUUGUGUUGGCUAUGACGCCAUGUCUCAAACUGGAAAAGUCCUUCAUUUGUAUGUGGAGGUGAGGUCCACACCCGAGCAUGCUGGGAAUGGUAGUUCCUGUGAAACCUCAGUGGAGGAGGAUGGUCCGGUCGAGGCGUUUAACAAAUUAGCCCAGGCAGCACCUGCUAGCAGCGCACAGUCCUGUGGUACAUACAAACCAAAUGUUAGCUUCCGACUACAGCCCUCAAACGAUUCCCGGGCUUCCCCACAAAGAUGCAGCAUUCCCCAGCAGGAGCCAUUCCAACACGUGUCCAACAACAUUGACAGUAAACAGUUGAAACAUGUCCACUCUUUAUCAUUCUCUGGAACAGGGACACCUUGUCGAGCCUGCAAACAUCACCAGAACACCAGACCUGAGGUUGGGCAGAGAUCGGUUGUCACUUUCAGAUACAUCGAGAAGCCUCACAUUAAAACCGUGGAGAGUCCUUGUAAGAGUCCCAGUGGGAUGAAAGAAGGGAGUUGUUUACACAAGCGGUGUAGUGAUCCAGUCGGUUCCGGGCCUGCUGAAUCUUCCUGCAAUAACAGUCAGUUUUACCAGCGCUCUGGUUCACCAGGAUUUUGUCAAUCUGCUUUGGAUCCCGUUGGUCAAGCCUCAACACAACGAGCCUUGGAAGAGUUUGGCUCCCCCCUGUUGAGGUGCAAGUUUGCUCGUGGGUCAAACUGGAGUCCGAAGUCUCACCAGCAACAGAGGGCACGUUGCCAAUCCUGGGAAGGCUCAUCUGUGCCAAAUUGCAGUGCUUAUCGCCAUGAUCCUGGUCCAGGCAGGGUAGGAGCUAUGCGUGACAUCCCUAAAAGUUCAGGGUCUGAUGGUUUCUCAUCCCACGCUGGACAACAACAGACGUUUACAUCCAUGCCGCAAGAAUGCUCCAUCCAGAAACUUUCUUCAAAACAAGGCUGUUCCACUCCAGUCAGUCAAAACUGGGAAACAAGUGCAAACAAGCCUCAAGCGGAGCAAAGGACCAGUUUGGCCAACACUCCAACCGGUGGAUUGAACCAGCUGAGUGGAAGCAAUAACUCGUCUCCUCUGAACAGUCCUGAGGUUGCCCGCAGGAUUGCGGAGAAAGCCACCAAGGAUUCUACCAUUUUCAAUGAAGUCCAAAGUUGUCCACCACCUGCUGUGUUUGGGGGAUCUCACCUGAACAGCACAAACUAUGGGUAUCCAUCUAGAGAUAUCCAUCAGUCCCUACAACAGAGUCCGGUGCAGAUGGCUGUUAAAAUGAACAUACCUGUGCAUGAACCCCAACCAUCUGACUUCCCUGCUACCAAUGGGGUUCCUUCCCACCAACCUGAAGCACCAGGUACCCAGCGUUUGGGUUUAGUUGAAGACUUGGCCCAUCACAUGUCUGGGUCUAUCCCAGUGGAUAGUGCCCCCGAUUCCCCUGCCCUCCCUUCCCAUCUUCUUCGUUCAAGUCUGUCCAAAGCAGACUUGGGUUCUCCGCUGCGAGAUCCACGGCAGCUGAGAGCUGACUUGCUGUUCACUGAUAGUCCCACCCCGCACCGACACAAGACCCCACAGUACACUGGAGAGGAAUGGACCCCUAUUGACCCAUGGUUCCUGGAGGAGGAUAACUGGGGUGAUGAUGUCAUCGCAGAAAGCAUUGAGAUAUCAAGACGCUUGUUUAUUGGUCAGAAUGUCAACGAUUCUCCAGUUAGCUGGACGUCCAGACAGCAAUGGAAAGAGCAAGCAAAAACAGAGGUAGGGAAGUUGAGUUUGCCACAACCACUUGAAGGGACUUUUAAAAGUUACAGAACAAGUGAGACGGUUGGGGUGACAGACAGAGGAGGAAAGCAUGUUAAUGAAGCAGUAAGUGGAACAAACCAUAGCCUGGUGGACAAAGUAGAGGAGAUGGCCAUACUAACACAACAGCAGAGGCAGACAGAAUGGAGGAAAAGGCAAGCUUUGCUUCUAGGGCCGGUGGUUCUAGAGGAGGGAGAAGGAGAGAGUGGAGAGCCCCCCUGCCUGGCUGGGUCAUCCCCGAGUUCCAGCGGAGUGACGGGGAGCCUUGGAGACAGAGAUUGCAUCUCACCUGAGUCCAGCCAAAACAGCAACCAUUCAGAACAUCCCUCUUCAGGAAUACAGUUGGAUGGUGGUUCUGUGAUUCCAGGCCCAUCUCUGCACUGUCAGAAAAUCGCCCGCGCCAAGUGGGAGUUUCUAUUUGGCACUUCUACAGAAAUCACUGCCAGUGGACUAGAAAAGAAUGUUCCUACGGCUCCCCCUAGUGGCCACUCAACUCCAAUCCCACCCAUGUAUCUUCCCUUGGCGGAGCUUGCUCUCAGAGCCAAUCACGAUGUUCAUCAAGUGGAGGUUGAGCUUGUGACUCCGCCCCCUGCUGCACCUGGUACCUCUCCCAAAACUGGAAUAAUUAGACGGACUUUAAAAUACUCAGAGACCGAUCUGGAUGCCGUUCCGUUGAGAUGUUACCGGGAGACUGACAUAGAUGAGGUGUUGUUAGCCGAGCAGGAGGACGCUGAUUCAGCGUUUGGGAGCAACCGAAGUGUCAUGGGAACUUCCUGUGCCGGGAGCAGCCCGUUGCCAAACGAGAGAGCAGAUGGGCAGGAGGAAGAGGAGGUGGAGGAAGAGGAUGUUGCGAGCUGGGUGACUGUCAGGAUGCAGGGGGACGUGAGGAGGCUGUUGGCUGAUCAGGAGGUGGAUGAUGGAGAGGAGUUUUACAGCAUCAUGAUGAAGAGACCCCGUGAUCAUUUCAUUAGUGACCUACCGGCUCUCAAAUCCCCUCUUCUGCUCCGCGGCCCCCGCAGGAAAUCUGGAGACAGUCAGGACACCUUCAGUCGCCAUUUUGAGAGCAUCAUGGAGUCUCACCGUGCCAAGGGAACAUCCUACAGCAGUCUGGACAGUCUUGACCCUCUGACCUCUAGCACACAGACCAUCCUGACCUUUGACCUUCCCACACUGACCCCUCAGGUUCAGGGUCAGAUCUACCAGAGCGCACGGCAGAUCGUUGAGCUCAGCUUCGCUCCUCUGGCCCACGUGGAGAUGCCCAGCCUCUCGGAGUCGGUGAUGACGAUAACCUGCGACACUGACGCGACGCGGGCGCCGUCCAGCGAGAGGCUGAGCAGCGGCUCUGAUGAUCGGAACAGGCAGAGCUGGAACAGCAAUCCUGCACUUUCACUUCCGAGAGAGAAGUCGGGCCGGUUCACUGCAGAUGCAGAUCUGGAUCAGGAACUGAAUGAGCGUUUGUGUUUGGACAGCAAUGAAACUCUCAGUAACAGUAAUCGAGCCGACCUGGAAGCUGCCAAACGUUUGGCCAAACGCCUCUUCAACCUCGACGGCUUCCGGAAGUGUGACGUCGCACGCCAUAUGAGUAAGAAUAAUGACUUCAGUCGUAUGGUGUCUGAGGAAUAUCUGCAGUUCUUCAGUUUUACUGGAAUGACUCUGGAUCAAGCGCUGAGGACAUUCCUGAUAGAGUUUGCUCUAACGGGUGAGACGCAGGAGAGAGAGAGAAUCUUAGCACACUUCUCCCGCAGACACCUUCAGUGUAACCCCUCUCUCAAACUAUCUGAAGACAGUGUCCACACACUGACCUGUGCCCUGAUGCUGCUCAACACAGACCUGCAUGGACAUAAUAUUGGCAAGCGGAUGUCUUUCGCACAGUUCAUUGGGAACCUGGAGGGACUGAACGGCGGUCAUGAUUUUCCCAAAGAUCUACUCAAGGCGCUGUACAACUCCAUUAAGAACGACAAACUGCAGUGGACAAUCGAUGAAGAGGAAUUACGGAAGUCCUUCUCAGAACUCGGGGAGCAUCGAGGAGACUCAAACUCCAGAGCCGUGAGGCAGAUGGGCAGCGGGUUGGCGUCUCCAUCCGGUGCCGUUCUCUACCAAACAGGCUUCCUGGUGCGGAAGGUCCACGCAGACUCGGAUGGAAAGAGAACACCUCGCGGGAAAAGAGGAUGGAAAACAUUUUAUGCUGUUCUGAAGGGACUCAUCCUUUACCUGCAGAAGGGGGAGUAUCGGCCCGACAAACAGUUAUCAGAUGAAGAUCUGAAGAACGCUGUGUCAAUUCAUCAUUCCCUGGCCAUCCGAGCCACGGACUACAGCAAACGACCAAACGUCUUCUACCUCCGGACGGCCGACUGGAGAGUCUACCUCUUUCAAGCCCCGAAUGCUGAACAGAUGCAGUCUUGGAUCACGCGCAUCAACACGGUGGCAGCCAUAUUUUCAGCCCCGCCCCUCCCUGCUGCCAUUGGCUCACAGAAGAAAUUCAGUCGACCGCUGCUGCCAGGCUCCGCCUCCAAACUUCCCCAGGAGGAGCAGGUACAGGAACAUGAAGGUCGAUUUCGCUCCAUUUCCACCGAGCUAGCUCAACUUCGCUCCUAUCCACCUGACCGGAAGGUGAAAGGUCGUGAACUUGAAGAGUACCGCUUGAGAGAGGAGUAUCUGGAGUUUGAGAAAACACGCUACGAGACGUACAGCAUGCUCCUGCGUGCCAAGCAGCGCUGCGGAGACGAUAGUCUGUCUGUGUUCGAGGACAUGCUUCUGGAGGAGGGGGCGUUACAGAGAGCUCAAUCAAGUCCAACCUUGCAGGACAGCAGCAUGACCUGCAGCACCAGAGACGGCGCGAGUCAGAGCGCCGCCCCGCCGGAUCCUCCCGGUAACAGCAACGGCUGCUCGCGCGGUCAGGGCCAAAGGCACAGCUAUCGGCAGGCCGUCCGGAAAUGAACGCAUUCCGCAGGAAUCAAACGGUACAGGAGCGAAAGCGAGGCCUCUCAUUUUCUCGUGCGCGCCGUCCUGCUGCGUGUCAGGAAGUGGUGUUGAUUCAGACUCUGAAUCUGACUCUGUGAUUGGCUGAUGGGUGGAUGAUGUCACAUAAGGUGCUACGGAGUGUUCGGGAUUCCUCGGAGGAAUGACAUAAAAUUGGAAUGCAGGUGCCAUCCGUCAUUUUGCCUUCUUGGUUUAUCGGCGACCUCUAUGUCAUAUUGCGCAUUUCUAAGGCCGGCACAAAUCUGGGCCUUAACUUCUCCUUUUUUGUAAAAUGUUAUUGAAUUAUACAUCAGUUUAUUUUCACCAUUCUGCGCAAAAAUGUCACUUGAAUAGUGAAGGAUCUGAUGCCAUUUGACAAGGACCAGAAUGCUUCUUAUUUAUUUAUGGGAUUUUUGUGUGGUGUCAUGGACCAGGAGACAAACAGAAAACACAACUAGUCAUUACAGAACUAGUGGAUUCCUCGCGUUGUUCUCCGGCAUUACUAAUCUAUUUAUUUAUAUAAAAAUGCACAUACAUUUCAAUCUAUUUAUAAUCGAUCUACAAUCUGUUUGCCCAAAAAUGUAUUUUGCACUGAACACGAGUAUUAUUAGACUGCGAAAAAAUCAUUCCAGUAUUUUUGUCUUUUCCAAUAAAACAUUAAAACAUCCUUGAAACAUUUCUCCAGUUUUAGAGAAUAUAUCUUUGUAUUUCUUAUCCAACUAGAACUCACAAACUUCAAUUGAUUCAUGCUUAAAACCAUUUCUUUCCCCCAAUAAUAUUAAUUCAAGAUGCAUUCUCUUAAACUCAAUUUUGCAGACGAGGAUGUUUUUAUGUUUCACUAAAUGACGAAAAUAUGAAUUUGGUUGCAGUUAUACAGCGUAAUAUUUGUCUCUAAAUAUUCUAUAUUUUAUCUAUCUAACCUUGUCUCUGCAUCAACUGAAUGUUUUUGUCCGCUGUGUUCGGCAUGGCUGACUAGUGACAAUCUCUCGUGUGUUUGGUAAAGCAGAAACUCAAUCCAGUAUAGAUCCGAUAGAAGAUGUGCGGAGUGUAGUUCGCAAGCGACCCCCGCAGCACUCGAAUGUCAUUUUUAUUCCUGUUAAAUACAGUUCGUAAGUGUACUCAACGCACUUCCCUGUAAUGCUUAACGUGAUCCAUGAGACCGAGCGUGUGUGCGCAACAAUACAGUAUAUCACCUAUAUAAGGAAUGUUUUUCAUGUAUAACGAGUGUGGUGUGUCAAUCAAAACUGCCACCUGCAAUAUUCAGCAUAGACCUGUGUUUGUGUGAUGACAUAGCACGCGCUUAGACACACUGAGGAUUACUUGAAAUAGCCACUUGAAGCUUGUUUUUCUACCACGGUGAUGGGAAUCAAAUACACAAUCUCAAGCUUUGUUCUCUAUGCGUUUUUUCUGCAAAGAUCGUGUGAUGUUGAGUAAAAUAUGGGUUCCCCACAUGAGACAAUACUGCAGUGUAUUGUAUUUACUAUAGUUAACUGUGGUAAAGUGUAGUAUACGGUACUGUAUUCUAUUAAGUGUAUUGCAAAGGAAUUUCUACGUUUUGUUAAUGUACACUAGUACUUUAGUAUUCGGAAGCGUUACCAUGGUAAAUAUAAUAGAAUCUAAGAAUUAUACCACACAGUUUACUAUGGUAAACACCAAAUGAUUCGAUGGUCAUGUGGGCGUCUUCGUUUGAAAAUGUAUGGAAUUAUUUUACUCUGUUAAGUCUAGAAAAACUAAAGAUCUGAAUUGUAAAAAAAAAAGCUAUUAAAUCUCACGAACACACAAGAUGAAAAUGAUAUUUUGCCUAUGGAAGUACAAAGAUAAGCCUGUUUUUGGUGCAUCGUCGUGAAAGUUAAGCACAUGUUAUUCUGUAAAUGAUCCUUGUAAAUGUAACACAAUAUAAAGAUGUCACGGUAAUGAUGCGAUGAUCUAAAAAUAGGCUUUAUUUCUUUGAGGGAAAUCACAUUUUGUGGCGGUGAAAUACUGUUUGACCCGGGCAUGUUGGUUCCAGAGACUCAAUCUGCUAUACUUGUACCGAUACAGCGCUGUAUAUCCGGCGUGCAUGAUGUUAUAAAUAGUUUUCUGUGUUUUAGGGUGAAAUUAACCGCUGGAAAGCCAUUCUCUGCUCAGGUGUCAUGAGAACUUAAUGUAAAUGUUGCAACGCAUCUUGUCACCAGCAGAGAGAGUGUUCAGCCGUGCAGAUGUGCUGAAACCGCUUCGUGUCUCUACGUGUGUUUAUUUUGUUCUUUUGUUCGGACUGAGAAACACCUGUCGGGCAGAAUGUUGAUGUGUCUUCUCUAACACGCGCUCUUUAUGCACAAACACACAGAAGCGGAUCAUGUUUUUGAGCGCCUGUCGUGUCCUACGAUGAUAUCAACGUCAUAUUUUGCUAUGUUUUCAAGCAGCACCUGAAUGUACAUAAACCGCAUGAUUUCUUCUGCUCUCUUUUGCAUCUUGCGUCUUGUUCCGGGGUGAAUAUAAGCACCCGUUUCUUUAGUCAUGUUCUGGGUCUUGGUGAAGGAUUGCUGCUUGUUUGUGUUUCUAUGAGGAUGUCGUCCUGGAGAAAUUGAAAAUGAAGGGAACACUGUUUUGCUUUCUCUUUCGUUCGCGUUUGGUUCGUUUCUCUUUCAUAUGUUGUUCGCUUGUAUUAAGUUCUGUAAGAACCGUGUUUGUACAGCCUCUCUUUAUGAUGGCAUAGGAUACUGAAAUAAAUCACUAAAACUAUCAUGAAACGACGUCUCUUUCUGUUGCCAUCUGUGUUUGAUUGUAGCCUAAGUGCCAAUUUUUCAAACGAUAAACUGGGAUGAAUCUACACUUUGGAAUGACAUGACAGUAAGUCAGUUAUAAUAGGACAUUCAUAUUUUAUAUAACUAUUGCUUUUUUAUUGCCCUCAUCAGACCAUUUAACUCCAAUUGAAACUGAAUUUUCCGGUGGUGGAAUGACCCAGACAAGCCCUUGACUUGGGAGUGAGACAAUUAUUUUUUGUUCGGCAGAUUGACAGGGAGUUUCACUCGAAAGGAAUUCAGUGAAAGUAAAAGAAGUCCCUAUAGAGGUGAUAUAUGAGGAACAGGUUUUAAGUUUGUUUAUGCAAUGACAAGCAGGUUUGAACAACGACAAUUGUAUUUUAUUUGGCACUUGUUGCAAUCUGUGUUGCAAUACAAAUGUGAGCAAACCAAAGAUAAUGAUGGCAAAUCAAAUUCUUGGAGAGUCAAUCCUUUACAUAGGUCCACCUGGAAUAGUUUUUCUGUGAAUGCGGAUACCUGGGACAAAUUGCUGCUACAGUAAGUCUUGUGUGCCAUUGUGAUUGACCAAAAUGUUUAACAGAAGUGGUUUUCCUCUCUCUUUUAAGGGGAACUAACAAACAUCAGGUAUGUUGCAACAUGAAUUAUGUUGUGAUCCAGGCUUUCUUUAAUUAUUUUUUCGAUAUAUCGAGUCAAGGCAACAACUGCAUUUUAUAAAGAAACACGUGAAGACGGCCAUCAGUAUUUGAUGCGGAAGUAUUGUCAACACACUGAAACCAAGAUAUGAAAAAACAACAUGAGAUCAUAGCCGAUAUGCAAUUAUGUCCACGUAAAAUUUGUUUUGUACUGUAAUAAUGAAAGUGAAAGUUUUGUGUCUAUGGUUUCAUGUUUCCUGCAAAAAAAACGCAAUGUGACCUGAACCUGUGAAGACGGAUAGACAAUCUUGACAGGUUCGGCACUUCACACAGAGACUGCUGUCCAUACAGGAUCAGGAUCAUGUGUGCUGGCUGUGUUGUGCUUCUGGUUCUGCUGGUUUGGACCUUCACAUCUGCCUGUGGAGCUGAUGAUGGCUUCAAUAUAACCUGCAGAAAUGUGACCGGACGUGUGGGAAAAGAGUCGACUCUUAACUGUGACGUCUCUUAUCUCAACAAAACAUGCUGCAUGAUGAUGUUCAAGAUUAUAAACACACCAGACACAACGAUCUGUAAAGAGGACUUUAGAAAGGAUUUUGGAAAUGAUCCAUGUCUACAGUUUACCAGCUUGCCGUGUCCUUACAUUGCCAAUGAAGUCAUGACAUCAACAUUCAAGUUCAUUUUACACACCAGAUGUGGGAACAAAACAGCAGGAUUCACUGUGAACAUAACGGAAUCUGUUGAUGACACAGGAGGACCAAAGGGUGAUCUUACAAAGGGAACUCCUGUCCAAACAGAUGAAACAUGGAUUGUUGUCAUCAUUGCCGGCACACUCUGUUGCGUCGUCUUCGUCUUGGGAUUUCUUCUCAUAAGAAACCAGAACGCCAAGAACACUUGUGGAUUCCAGAGGAACUGUAUUGUGUGUGUGACAAGAACAUCAGAAAUAGUGUGACAGCAUGCAGCAGAAAAUCAAUCUGCAGCAUUUGUGUUUUAAGUGAAGAUCAUGUAAUAUAUUUAUUUUUUAUUAAACAAUUACCCAUUAAUCCAAUAAUACAACAAGUUUUGGUCAAAAGAUGCUGUGUCAGCGUCUGCUUUGAACACUUUGUGCAUCGUCAGAUCCCAUUUAAUGUUUGUUUGGGGGGUUUUCUCUUUCAUAAACAUGCCAAAUAUGUCCAUUUAAAGAACAAUGACUUGGUUUGAAACCCAUGACCACCAGAUGGUGCACUUGCAACGCAAUACAUUGAAAAUCUGUUCAGUGUAUCAGACAUUUCAUUAAUGUGAUACUAAUGUGUUUUUUAUACUUUCCUAAUCUGCAUCUUCAAGCUUGUUGCCAUUUUUUUAUUGACCGAGUUCAUAUUUUGUGAUGAAAUGAAUAAAAAAUUGUCAAACUAA